AUGAAAGAGGCUAUCAUCGACAAGACCACCACGGUCAACAUCCGGGACGUGGACAUCCCCGCCCCAAAGCAAGGCCAGGUCCUCAUUCGAGUAGUGGCAUCUGGUACCAACCCCAAAGACUGGAAGCUACCAAUUUGGAGCUCAGAGCAUAUCAUGAACCAAGGCGAUGAUAUCGCUGGUUUUAUCGAGGAAGUCGGCGAAGGAGUCCAGAAGUUCCGCAAGGGCGACAAAGUAGCUGCGUUCCAUGAGAUGAUGAGCCCGCAUGGAAGUUAUGCCGAAUACGCCAUUGCCUGGGAACAUACUACUUUCCACCUCACCGACAAAACGAGCUUUGAAGAGGCCGCGACAAUCCCCUUGGCAGCGAUGACCGCUGCGCUGGGGUUGUAUCAAGAAAUGAAACUGCCUCUCCCAUGGAGUCCAGCUGAAAAGCGCACACCGCUGGUUGUGUACGGUGGAGCAACCGCAGUGGGGGCAUUUGCAAUCAAGUUCGCGCAAUUAUCAAACAUCCACCCGAUCAUCGCAGUGGCCGGUAAAGGCGCACCCUUUGUGGAGACACUUAUUAGCAGAGAAAAGGGCGACACAAUCAUCGACUAUCGCGAAGGCGACGAAGCCAUUCGCUCAAACAUCAAAGUUGCUGCCCAAGGACCCAUUCAUCAUGCAUACGACGCUGUAUCAGAGAAAGGAAGCUAUGUGAAUCUCGGUGCUGCACUCGAUGCACCAGGUCGGGUCAACGUUGUUUUACCCGCCGAGGAGGGAGCCAAGAUUCCUGAUGGCAUCUCGAUUCAUCGAACUAUGGUCGGGUCUGUGCAUAACCCGCCUGCUGAAGGUCAGGUUCUUGGCGAUAAAGAGUUUGGAGCUGCUUUCUUCCAGUUUAUUGGAAGGGGGCUGGCGCAGGGUUGGUUCUCUGGACAUCCGUUUGAGGUGAGGGAAGGGGGACUGGGUGGACUUGAGGGUGCUUUGAAGGAUCUGAGGGCUGGAAAGGCUUCUGCAGUGAAGUAUGUAGUCAGAAUCUCGGAGACCGAGGGCGUACAGUAG